AGUGGGGCGGGUAUCGGGUGCCCAUUUUCUUCCACAACUCCUCCGCACCAAUUCUCUCUCAAUAGCAAAACCUCCAUUGAAAUGCUCGUGACUGAGCUCAGAAGAACCAAAGAAGAAGACGAAGAAGGCUUAACAAAUGUCUGCUAUAUUCAGAUACAAAUCAAAGCUCCAUAAUUUCACUUUCAGAACAUCUCUUUUUUUCUUAUCAUCUUCCAAGUUCCAUUCCUCUCCUUCUUCUUCUCUCAAAUCCAAACCAAAACCCGCGCUCUUCUUCAACUCAUUUCAAGGUUCUAGAAUAAGUUUAGAGUUUAAAUUCCAAGGUUCUAGACUAGGGUUAGGGUUUAGGCAUAAAUGGGAAGGAAGCUCCGACAACUAUGAUCAUAUGAAAGCAGAGGUGAACUGCCCGCGUUGUUCGAAGUUGAUGACGGUGCUAUUCUCCAACCGGCCGUUGUCGAUCACCGCCGGCGAGACAGGAAUUUAUCAGGCGGUGAAUUUGUGUCCUCAUUGCCGGACGGCGUUUUACUUUAGGCCGUUUAAGUUGGAGCCUUUGCACGGGAGUUUCAUUGAGAUUGGGAGAGUUAAAGAGAAAGAGAAUGAUGGUGAAAUGGUGGGGAGUUGUGGGAAGAAUGACGGUAAAAUUUGGGAAAAGUUGAGGUCUUACAGUGGGACUAGUGGUAGAGGCGAUGAUGCUGGCGGGAAGAGUAGUUGUGAUACUGAAAUGGAGAACAAUAUGACGGUGAAAAAGGAAGAAGGGUGUGGUGAAGGAGGAGGGUGGGGAGGUGCUAAUUUAGGGAUGGAGUUGCCUACACCAAAGGAGAUAUGUAAAGGGCUUGAUCAGUUUGUUGUUGGUCAAGAGAAAGCCAAGAAGGUGCUCUCUGUUGCAGUUUACAACCAUUACAAACGAAUAUACCAUUCCUCUUUGUAUAAAAAGUCAGAUUCAGAUUCCAGUAAAGUUAGAGAUUGCCUGGAAAUGUUUGAUAAUGAUUCCGUCGAGUUAGAGAAGAGCAAUGUUUUGUUGAUGGGCCCCACUGGCUCAGGGAAGACAUUACUUGCGAAGACGCUAGCUCGUCUCAUCAAUGUUCCUUUUGUAAUCGCGGACGCAACAACUUUAACACAGGCUGGUUAUGUUGGCGAGGAUGUGGAAUCUGUAUUGUACAAAUUACUCGAGGCUGCUGACUUCAAUGUUGAAGCAGCUCAGCAAGGGGUUGUCUACAUAGAUGAAGUUGAUAAAAUAACUAAAAAGGCUGAGAGCCUGAACGUCGGCAGAGAUGUAUCUGGGGAGGGAGUCCAACAGGCGCUGCUGAAGAUGCUUGAAGGAACUAUUGUAAGUGUACCUGACAAUAGAGCACGGAAGCAGCCACGUGGCGAUACUAUUCAGAUAGAUACUAAAGACAUUCUUUUUAUCUGCGGUGGAGCUUUUGUUGGUUUAGAGAAGACAAUUUCAGAAAGACGACAAGAUUCUUCAAUUGGAUUUGGAGCACCUGUCCGAACUAACAUGAGAGUUGGUGGUCUAACUGAUGCCGUAGUCACGUCAUCACUGUUGGAAUCUGUAGAAAGUGACGAUCUCACAGCAUAUGGACUCAUACCUGAAUUUGUGGGGCGGUUUCCAGUUUUAGUGAGUUUAUCUUCACUGGAUGAGGAUCAGCUUGUUCAGGUUCUCACAGAACCCAAAAAUGCUCUUUGCAAGCAGUACAAGCAGAUGUUCAACUUGAAUAAUGUCAAAUUACAGUUUACCGAGAAUGCACUUCGACUUAUUGCCAAGAAAGCCAUAGCCAAAAACACUGGUGCACGUGGUUUAAGAUCUAUAUUAGAAAGUAUUCUAACCGAAGCCAUGUUUGAG